UGGCCGUCGGGGGAGCUGGUCAGGCCCAGGCUGGCUGGAUUGUGGACAAUCACGCUGCACUCACCUCUUGCUGAGCCCACAGCCACUCUGGGAUGCAGAGGCCAGGCUCCGGACGCGCAGGCUCAGCGGCCAUGGCUCACAGGCCCAGCCGCUCCGCGGCAUGUGGGAUCUUCCCAGUCCGGGGCAUGGACCAGUGUCCUCUGCAUCGGCAGGCGGACUCUCAACCACUGCGCCACCAGGGAAGCCCCAAAUGAUGCCUCCGACCCCAGAGCAGCCCUCUGGGCACAUGGAGGGGCCCCCUGCAUCAGAGGCCUCCUCAUGGCCCCCGCUGCCCUGCGGGCCCUGUGUCCCCAUCAUGCUGGCCCUGGCCGCCCUGGCUGCUGUCUUCCUCCUGACCACGGCCGUGUUGGCCGAACGCCUGUUCCGCCGCUCCCUCCGCCCAGACCCCAGCAUCUGCGCACCCACCCUGGUCUGGCGCCCGGGAGGAGAACUAUGGAUUGAGCCCACGGGCACCCCCCGAGAGCGCUCCGAGGAUUGGUAUGGCUCCGCGGUCCCCCUGCUGAUGGACCGGGCCCCAGACCCACCCACCCAGGGGGGCGCCUUGGAGGCACGAGUGACAGCCCCACCUGCCCCUUCAGCCCCAUACUCCCCUCCCAGCUCCUUGGUCCCCCAGACCCCACCAAACGCCCCAACCCGUAGCACCUUCUGGAGGCCCCAGGUCUGGGAGGAGAGGCCCCACAUCCCAGGCCUGGUGAGCUGGGCUGAGCCUGAACAGAGGCCAGAGGCCAGUGCGUAUCCAGGGAGCCCCCAGGCCCGGAGGCUGCGGCCAGGAAGCCCCGAGCCUGAGUGGGGCCUCCAGCCUCGGGUCACCCUGGAGCAGAUCUCAGCUUUCUGGAGGCGUGAAGCCCGGACCAGCGUGAGUUUCUGAAUCCCCAGGGCCUGGAGGACUGGCCUCCCAGAGACCCCUGGGGGAGGCCCAACCUCAGAGGGAUCCUAAGACCCUGAGGCUCCUGAGAACCUGAGCUGACAGCUGAGGCCCCGGGAAAGAAUGCCCCUCCCAGCCCUUUAACUUCUGGGUUUCGGUUCCCCUGGAUCUGGGCCUGGGCAACCUGGGUGUGGACAGAGCCUGCGCUGCGCUGCGGGGCAAGCUCAGAGGUGCCUUUGCUUAGCUGCCCGGGGCGGGGGCUUAGAGAACUGGAGUUGCGGCCACCUCUGGGCCAGAAACUGCCAAGAUCACAUUCCAGAUGACGAACUCAAGGUACCAGACAGACAGGGAAUAGCAUCAACGCCGCGGCUCCCACCCUCCUUCAGUGUGUGCCUAAGAUGCCGACAUCGGAUGCAGAAGAACAGAGUGUGGUGAUGACAAGGGUCAGCCGUGCUAGCAGGGGAUGACGGGAAUUCAGCUUCCCAGAGCCACAGCAUCCCUCCAGAAAAACACAUACAGAGAGGUCAAGGUCAGGCAAAAGAGCAUCUUAUUACAUAUAAACUGUGGCCUUGACCCCCACCUCGCAACAAGAGGCCAUCUCUUGCCUGCACCUGGGACCCAGAGUCGCACAAGGCCGGCGGGCAGCAUGUCCUCUCGAGGCCGCCGCAUCCCAACCCUCUGGAUCUUACCCUUCCACGGUGAGGGGAGCCCAAGCCAAGGAGAUCUGAGUUCGAUCCGGUGUGGAAAGGAACGUUCUCCCAGAACGUGGCCCCUGGCCGUCUUCCCUCCCAGCUUCUUGGAGUGGUCCAGAGAGACAGAGUUGCCCCAAGACAGGCUUACUUAUGAUGCUCCACCCCACAAAAAUGGAGCCCCAAUAUCUGUAUCAGCUGACCUCCCCUCUGGGCGCAGAGCCAGGUGUUGGGGGGAGGCGAAGGAGUUUCCGUUCGCUGGGCUCUGACUUCUCAAACCUCAGUCCUGAAUGUUAGGAUUUUGCCAUGUCAGUUAC